AUGGCAUCAGCACAAAGCCGCGAUGAGGACUGCAACAAAAGGCAUCACGACUUCUCGCUGCAGCGUCUGAGUGCUAAAGUAAGGCACCUUAACGCCCUCCUUACUCCGCAGCCUUCGCCAGCGAUCAUUCUCAAGGAAGAUGACGAUGAUGUACAAG